CAGUCAUGCUUCUAAAUGCUGCUAUUAUGUGCUUUUCAAAGUCAUUUUGGUGUAAUGUUGACUUUAAUGCGAAUCCAGCGCAAUAAGUGUUUAGAUUAGUCGAGAAAGUAAUGAAAUCGGCAAAAAGAAACACAUUUCAAGGACUUACAAACAUUCSCUUUCUCAAUAUUUCGCAUUAACUGUAGCUAAGGCAGUAGCUUUCGUCAGUUCGACUGGUCAUAAUUUUCGAUGAAGUUGCAAAACGACUAAAGCGUGGUUUGGUUGUUAAGGGCCCGUGUUAAGGUGACCGUUUUUAAUUUCAUUUUUCAUUUUUCCUUCGAGUGUUUAUGUUUGUCUGCACACAAAAUWCAGUAAAGAAAUGUUAUCGACGAGAUCAAAUGGUACCGAUCUAMCUUUCAUAUCCAAUGAAAUGAAACCUUCCUUGCAUAGAAAUUCCCAAGGCGAUGAUAUGGCAAUUUCAAAAUCUAGUAUAUUACAUUAUUGAUGAUUUUCRCAUUGCAGGUGUUAAAUAUUUAAGUCGACUCGUUUUAACAUGACAGCARCUAAAUUGGACAGUACCAUAAAGUGAGUUGAUAGAACUGUAAUUACGUCCUAAAUCUUUAAUCAUUUGACGGCACAUUGUUGAAUAUUUGAUCGAAUGAGUAUAUUAUUGUGCUCAUAACCCWAGCUACAAGUCAAUUUACAGCCUUUAAUAGCGAGAUAUCUCGAGAACAUCUCACAUCAGUCACUCUUUCUCAUCAAAUUGAAUCAAAUUAACUUGGGUUCUGAUUGGUUGAUUCUCAUAUGACGUCACCAGAGGUUUCAGAUGGAAGUUUCAAGGGUCAUUAUUGCUGUGGUUGCCAUGCAURUGAUUGCUCAUCGAGAUGCAGUGAAUGCCGCAAAAGUUAACCGUUGCAUAUUCAAUGGACUUUCAAAAGUCAACGUUGUAUUCUACGAAUAUAGACCGUUUUUACCGGAUACUGUCAAUGUAAGCAUACCAUCACUGGAAUCUGGAAAAAUAAAGGGGAUAACAAGCCAAGAAUURCUAAAAUGUUUCCUUCGACCUUGUCGAGGAKCCAAUAUUAUCUGGAACAUAACCACURUCCACAAUGAACAGGAAUUACUGGAAAGGUUAAAGGACAAUGAAACGAAUAUGGCUUACCCAGUUCCCUCUAAAGUGCAAAAGGACUAUCAAAACUCAGACAGUUCUGCGAACUUCAAUAGAAUUACUUCACGGUUGUACGCGGAUAUUUUUGAAUCAAAUGAUCAAGAUGUAUCCAUGAAUGGAUUGCGGAAGUUAACAUACACGUUUACAUAUGUAACAAGAGAAGAGGAAACAGAAGUCGAUUUCCUCGAUCACUUCGCUGCUGUUAAAGGUUCAAAGACGCAAGCUCACUUUGUAAAUAUUGUUAACUGCCGAACAGACCGGAGCCUGGUUAUCUUCACGUUGAUCUACAGGCAAUGGCCGAUCUUUACACUAAUGCUAUUGUUAGCUGGUAUUGCUGGAGUCAUUGUUUGGCUUUUGGAGUCACGUGACAAUGAUGAAGAAUUUACUACGCCGUUCUUCCCAGGAGGUUUUGAUGGUUUUUGGUGGGCUUUUAUCUCCAUGACAACAGUGGGCUAUGGAGACAAGACACCGCGAUCUCUGAUUGGUCGAUUGUUUAGCGUUCUGUGGAUCUUAGUUGGGAUCACCAUUGUUUCAUUCUUCACUGCAACUAUAACAAGCGCCAUUACCAUAGCAACAGUCAAAAACUCAUGUGAACAAAUCGAAAACCGAACGAUUGCUGUUCUGGGUCUACAAGAAGAAGUGACAUCAUACAUACAGAAUAAUGGUGGAAAGCCUAAAGAGUACAGCCAAGCGACAAAAAUGUUCGAUGCUUUAAAUAACGAAAAGAAUGAGAUUGAUUCAAUGUUGAUAGACGUUGGAUUGGCUAACUUAUUCGGUAGCCAGUUAUCUAAAGAGAGGAAUAUUAAGAAAGUCAAGGCAGUGGAACUACAAAAGUCAGAUGUUUUGUUUCAUCUGAUGGUCCGCUACCCAAAGAACAACUCGAUGUCUUGUACUCAAGAAUACGAGCUUGACAAGAUUCCGGCAAACAACAGCAGAAUAUUUGAGUAUGCAGGUCUCGAAGAAGAAGUGGUCCAACCUCUUUCGCUAGACUCCCCUGAGACAUGGCCGUUCAUGUAURUCUUAGGAUUUGGAUUAGUUGGCAUGGUGAUUCUUGGGUUCGUACUAGACAUGUUAUUACGGCUAAGAAGAAGACAUCGGGCAAAGAAUCACCAAGACGACGACGACGAYGACACGUGUUUAGACGUCAAUACAACUUCUACUGCAGCUGAAUCGUCUACAGUGGUCGCCUAUCAUACCCGGCAUGCUUUGGGUACUUUAACUCAGGAUAUGAAGGAGAUGAAAGGCCUGAUGCAGAAGACCAUUGAAAGGCUUGCAAUGAUCGAGAAAUUAGUCGAAUCCAAUACUAAACAAGAAUAGAAGAACUGUGUCCACAUCACAGAAUUUAAUAAAAACCUUUCAAUGGUUUGAUUACAAA